AUGACGAAUAAAAUUUGGAGAUAUAUGACUGUUGUUAUUAUUAUUAUAUUUCAAUUUUUUGAAAAAUAUGAUGGAAUAAAAUUGAAAAGACUUUAUGAUUAUUUUAAUUUUAUUCAACCAAUUAAGAUUGAUGGAUAUUCAAGAUACCAAUUAAAUAAUAAUUUUCAAAAUGUGAAAAUAAAAAAUAAACGAGAUAGAAUAACAACGGUAGGCCCUAUUGAAUGGAAUAUUUAUAUUUCUGAAAAUGACGAAAAUGGUGAGUUGGUUAUAAAUCAAAAUAAAGCAAAUCACAAUACUGAAAUAGAAAAGGAAUCUACACAAAAAAAUGAAUUUUUAAAUGGUGAAAUAUUAAAUGAAGAAGAAAUAAACGAACAUAUGCGAUUUCAACAAUGGAGUGAUAGUAUAAUUUAUUCAGAGGGAAAUGACUUUUAUUAUGAUAUUGAAAAUAAAUGUGUAAAUACAAAAAAUUAUAAAAAAAUUAAUCAAGUUAAUACAACAUUUUAUAAAAAAGAAUUAUCUUUAAAUAACACAUCUAUAAAGCUUAUCCCUUUUAAUACAAAAAAAAAUGAAGAACACAAAUUAAAUUAUGAUAUGUAUGAUAAUAACAAGGAAAAAAAUAAUAAAAAUAAUUUUGUAUCUAUUUCUAAAAAUGGAUCAAAAGAAAUAAUUUUAAAUGAAGAUGAAGUAAAACAACUAUCAGAUAUUGAAUGCACAAAAAAAAAAAAUAAUUUUUUUCCAAAAAAAUCAUUAUAUAGUUCUAUAUAUAUUGGAAAAGAUGGUUUUAACGAUUUUCUUGAAAAAGGAAUAGAUUCAAUAAAAAUGAGUCUAAAUAAAUAUUUAAACUCUUUUUAUGAAAAUAAUUUAGAAAUAAAUUUAAAUGAUAAAAUAUAUAUCAUGUUUAUAUUGAAAUAUACAAAAAGUUAUAUAUUAGACAUAAUAUACAAAACUUUUCAAAUAAAGCAACUUAAUGAAUUAGAAAUUGAAAAUGAUAUGAAUGUAUAUCCCGAAAAAAAUAAUAACAAUAGUAAAAAACUUAUGAAUAGUGAAGUAUAUUUAGAUAUGCUAUCAGAGUAUGAAGAAAUCUUAAAUAUAUUAACCGAAUUUUUUAACAAAAUAAAUGAUAUGUUUAAAAUAAAUGAAAAAGAAUUAAUAGAAUAUUUAAAAAAAAAAAAAAAUAUCAUAAAUUAUUCUACUCCAUAUAUAUUAAAAAGUGAUGAAGAAACAGAAAAACACAUUAAAAAUAUGUGGACAUUUUUUAAUUGUAAUAUAUUUAAUAAUGAAUUACCUAAUUUUGAUUUUAUUAAAUUUUAUUGGAUAAAUAGUAAAAUAGAUGAUUUAUUAAAUAUUCCAAAUAUGAAAACAUAUAAUAUAACUAACCAAGAUUUUAUAAAUUUACCAAGCAUUUUAUUAUGCCCAGCAUUAAGAACCUCUCCUAUUUUACUAAAUUAUACAAUAUUAAAAAUUAUGUACGAAUAUUACAAAUUAAUAUAUAUAGAUAUUUUACCAUUUAAUCAAGUUAAAAACUAUAAAAAAAUAAAUAAAUUCGAUCCAAUAAAACAACAAAUUAUUAAAUAUGUUCAUGGUGUAUCUGGAUUAUUAGAAAAUAUUGAUUUCUAUUUUUAUGUUCCUAAUUUAGGAGAUUUAAAUUUAACUCCAGAUCAAUCUGCAACUUUUUUUUCUUAUAUAAAAAAUAUGACACAAAAUAAAGAUACUGCUUUAUAUAAUAUGGAAUAUAACAAAUAUAUUAAUUUUGAUGAUAAUAUUCACCCCUAUACACAAAUACAAAAAGAAAAACUAACAAACAAUGAAAGUUUUGUAGCUGACGAUUUAGUUAUUCUUCUUCUCAAAUCCAAAACAAUUAAUGAUAUAAAUAAAGCUAUAAAAAUAGUACAAAAUUUGUAUAUAAAAAAAAAUGUAAAUUUAUUAUGGGGUGAACAUGCUUAUCCAGAAUUAAAUAACAAUCAUAAAGAUGAAAAUGAAAAUAACACACUUCAAAAGUUUCGCAUUCCUUUAAAUGAAUUUUCAGCAUCCCUUUUUUUAUGUGAUAUAAAUAAUUCAAUUAAAUAUUUAACGCAAGGAAUAGAUAAAUUAAAAGAACUCACAGAAUUUGAUUUGACAUUUGUUCAUAACGCUUUAGCAAAUGCUUGCCUAGAAUUUUUACAUGACAGUGGCAAUGAAAAUGAAAAUGUUGAAGAUAUGUUAAAAAAAUAUGAAAAAAAUGAAAAAGUUGAAACUACUAAUAAUAUUAUGGCAUUACAAAUGAUGGUUGUUUUAGGAGAAUUGUUUAGAAAUAUUAGAAAAAUGAGAUCUAAAGAAAAAUAUUUUUUUAAACAAAUUUUACAAACUGAUGUAUUAAUAGAUAUUUAUAAAAAUACAAGUAUAUAUGACGAAAACAUGAAUAUAAACACAAUUGAUAAUGUUAUUAAGAAUAUUAAAAUUGAAUAUCCUAUUAAUAAAAAUAUAAUUUUAUCAAAUAUAAAUAAAGAAAAUGAGGAAUCAAAUAUUACAGGGAAGGACAGAGAAGAUGUAGGAUAUUACUUUUUAAAUUAUUAUACAAAAAAAUUAUUUCGAUUUGAUUUACCAAAUAAUAUAGUUAUCAAAUAUACAGAUGAUAUAUAUGGAUUAAGCUUUUCGGAUUAUAAUUAUGAUUAUAUAAAUAACGAUAUAAUAAUAUAUAUUAACAAUAAUGUAAAUAAUUCAUUAUUAUUAUCUAGAAUUAUUUUAGAUGAAUGUUUAAAUAUUUAUGAAAAAUAUACUACUUAUAUUCAUAAAUUUGGUAGUAAUACAGAUAGUAAAACAAUAAAAGACGCCAAAAAAAAAAAUGAAAUUAAUUUGAAAAAUUCUAAUAACUCUAAAGAUACUAAUCAAAUUGAAGAAUUUCAUACUGAUCAUAUUCAAAAUAAAGAAAAUAGUGAACUUGACAUUCCAUUAGAUGCAAAAAAUUAUACUGAGGAAACUAUCGAUCCUAGUAAUGUAAAUCUUGACAAUAUAAAAGAAGUACAAAAUAUUGAUAUUGAAAAUGGUCAGGAUUUGAAAAACGACGAAACAAUUCCUGACAAUGUUACUGAUGAAUUCGAUGAUGAACAAGUAGACAUUUUUAACUAUUCAAAAAUAAACAAAAUUAAACAAUUUAUUCGAUUUAUUAUCGAAUAUAAUAAUUGGCCAUUUUUUAUGGACGAAUUGAUGAAUCUAGAAUAUUAUUUAAAUCAAGAUGAAAUAAAAAAGAUUGGAAAUACAGAAGAAUACGAUAAUAAUUUAAAUAUUUUUUAUAUGAAAUUAAAAAAUGCAAAUAUCGAUCAAAAUAGAAUCAUGGAAAUAUUAACUAAUUCAAUAAAGCGUGACGAUCCUAAAAAAAUAUGGGAUCAAAAUAAAAUCCCAAUUAAACAUAUCACUUCUGCAAUAUAUACAAAUAAUUAUAUAAAUAUUUAUAAUGUAUUUUCAAAGGGUAUUAACAAAUUAUUAAAAUUAGAUAUUAAUGAUGUAGACUUUAUUAUGAACAAGUGCAAAUAUGCUUGUGAAAUUGUUUAUUAUAAAAGAUUAGAAGAAAUAAAAUCACUAAAUAAUAAUUUGUUAUUUACUAUGUAUAAUGAAAAUUUAAGUUGUAUAGAAUAUUUUUUUGAUAAAUUAAAAGAAAAAAUAAUUUUAAUAUCUUUAGUAAAAACAGAAAACGUGUUUGAUACAUUAAUAAAAUUAAUAUCUGAUAUAUUUCCAAACAAAGCAAAUACAGAAAUAGAAAUGAAUAAUAAAAAUUCUCCAAAAACAAAAGACCAAAUUAAUGAAUUGAUUUUUUUAAGAGAAUCCAAAUGUAAUAAUAAUCGAGGUGCAUUUACCAAUUCAAUAAAUAGAAAAGUAGUCACAAAUAAUCUGUUUCAAUUUUUUAAUAAAGAAAUAUUUGGAAAUAAAAUAAACAAAAAUGUCCAAAUCGAAUUUGUCAAAGAUUACAAAUUCUUAUCGAGCCAUGCAAAUUUUAUAAACACUUUUGAACAUUCUAAAAUAUUUAUUAAUGAUAAUGUUUAUUCAAUAAAUGUUUUAUCUAAUAUAUUAUUAAAAGAAAUGUCAGAAAUUUUCUAUUUUUAUAAUAAUAAUCAAAUAGAAAAUGAAAAUAAAUUAUACUUAAAAAAUAAUUUCAAUAGUUUAUAUCUAUCCACCAUAUUUAAACAUUCAAAAAAUUUUGAAAAAUAUGAAACAACUCAAACUUUUGAUUUUGGAGAAAAAAUAAGUACAUCCAAAAGUGAACAUAAGAAUGAAAUAGACAAUGAAAUGACAGAACUAGAACUUACGGAUAUGAAUAAGGUAGAACUAGAAAAGAACGAAUUAGACAUGAAAUGUUUAAUAAAUCGAAUAGCAAAAUAUAACCAUGAAGAAAUAUUCAAAGAAAUAAUGGAAUAUAGAAAAGCCAAAUAUAAUGAUAAUGCAGAAAUACAAAAAUGCCUUGAAGAAUAUUUAUAUACAUAUGAAAAAGUAAAUUUUUUAAGAUAUGGAAAUAAAAAUGAUAAAAAAAAUGAUAAAGAAAAAAAUGAUGAAGAAAAAAAUGAUGCAGAAUUUGAACCAAUAGAUAUAAAAACAAUAUAUCUAAAUUAUAUGUAUAAAUAUAUACAAUAUAUGAUAAAAAAAAAAGAACUACCAAUAUCUUUUAAUAGUAUAAAUGAAGAAUGGAUUAAUUCAUUAACUGAAUUGGAAAAUCAAAAAAUUUUAUCAUAUUCAACAAAAAAUUGUAGUGAGCAUCUAUAUGACUUGUUAAUAAAUAGCAAUGCUUGUUCACCAAAAAGAGCUUUAGAAAUUUUAGAAAAAAGCUUAGAAUAUUCUUUUGAAAAAAAUGAACAUAAUGAAUUAAUGGAUGGAUUAACUGAAACGACAAUCUCAAGAAGUGAAGAUAAAGAUGCUAUAAAAAAUUUUGAUGAAUUUGUUAUAUGGAUAAAUAAAAAUAAAAAAAAAAAUUUCGAAUUACCACAAAAUACAGAUUUGUUGAAUAAACCUGAAUCAGAUAAUAUAAAAGAGGACAUACAACAAGUUAUAGAUCAAUAUAAUUCAAUUUAUGAUAUAUCCCCAAAUAAAAAUAUAGAUCCUAAUAAUGUUACUAUAGAUAAUUUAAAAGAUAUUGUAAAAAAACAUAAUAUAUCAAAGGAAGAUAUACAAGCAGCUAUUAGCCAGUUGGAUAUGCCCCCUGAUUUUGACAUUGACUCGUUAUACAAAUAA